GGGUCAAAGCCACCUUCACCAAUCCAUCAAUGCCACCGUGGUCAAAUCCCACUGAAUGACCUUCAUGUUUACUCGCUGCCAUCAUCUUGUCCCAUGACGUCCCUCAACUGAUCACUCGGUUGAUAGAGCAGCCUUCACCAUGGCUCGCUCUCUAGACUCGAUCAUACUCACCCUCACCCUCAUCUUCAACCUGUUUUUUCCUGUCCAUGCAAUCUACUCAAAGGACUCACCAGUGCUUCAGGUCAAUGCCAGGACAUACAAUUCCCUGAUUGCGCAAUCAAACCAUACAUCUAUUGUCGAGUUUUAUGCCCCUUGGUGCGGACACUGUCAAAAUCUCAAACCUGCCUACGAGAAAGCCGCAAAGAACUUAGCCGGAUAUGCCAAAGUCGCCGCCAUCGACUGCGAUGAAGAAGCAAACAAGCCCUUUUGCGGUCAGAUGGGUGUUCAGGGCUUCCCAACCUUGAAGAUCGUCAAACCGGGUUCCAAGCCUGGCCGCCCCAUCGUCGAAGAUUACACCGGCCCUCGUGCUGCAAAAGCCAUUGUCGAAGCUGUCAAGGACAAAAUUCCAAAUCAUGUCAAGAAAUUGCAGGAUUCAGCCUUGGAUUCCUGGCUCAAGGACGAUGCCACCACGGCAAAGGCUGUUGUCUUCUCAGACAAACCAAUCAGUCCUCUUGUCAAAAGCCUGGCCGUCGACUUUCUCGGCAAUAUUGCCUUUGCUCAGGUCAAAGACAAGGCAUCGGCAAAGACCUAUGGUGUUUCUGAAUUCCCAUCCAUUCUACUCUUUCCCGCACCCGGCAAAGAUGCGAUUACCUAUGAUGGCGAAAUCAACCGAGGCGGCCUAUUGGCUUUCUUCGCUCCUAUCGCUUCACCAAAUCCCGAUCCAGCCCCCAAGCCUCCCAAAUCCUCGAAAUCUGCAAAGUCGGCCAAAUCAUCCAAGAAAGCACAGGCCUCCUCAUCGGCCUCUGCCCAAUUUUCCCGAGCCUCCGAAGACCACAAAUCUUCCGACUUUGAGGACUUUGUCGGCAGCUCAGCGACAAUUGUUCUCGAUGGCGAUGGCAAUAUCCCCACCGAUAUCCCAAUCUCAAUCGUUGUUGAUGGUGAGCAGAAGCCUGCCGUCGUUGCCCAUGUCCCACAACCUCUUCCUACCUUGGCAACGUCGACCGAAUUGAACAAUGCCUGCCUAGCUCCAAAAAGUGGCAAUUGUAUUCUGGUUUUGCUUCCUGUGAAGCAAGACCCAGACGAGAUUAGCAUAACAGCGAUGACAGCUUUGGCAGGAUUUGCCGAGAUUGUCGAUAGAGCACACAAGCGCAAGGCCAAUCUUCUCCCAAUCUACGCUGUUCCAGGAGAAAAUGAGGGCUCUUUGAAACUACGACAAGAUCUUGACCUUAGCUCUGAGCAUGGUUUGGAGAUUGUUGCAAUCAAUACAAAACGUGGUUGGUGGCGCCAUUAUUCGGCCAAGGCCUAUAACCUCUCAGACCUCGAAGGUUUUAUCGACGCCAUCAAACUAGGAGAAGGGUCAAAGAAUAGUCUCCCACCGUCCUUCACGGCGCAAGAGCCAGAGCCAGAGCCAGAGCAGCCCGAACCUGAACUAGUACAGGAGGCCGAUCCGUCGCCAGAUCAUGAUGAACUUUAGCCUUUACUCCCUGUUUCGGUUGAAUACAUGUAGCCAUCGAACCUCAGUGCUAUUACUUUCCUGGAAAAUGAUAACGACUGAUAUGAUGCCAAGAUUAGGUGCGGCAGAUCCAUCUUCUUCUGCG